AAAUUCUCUGAGUUUUUCAUAAUUAUUGCAAGAAAAUGAAAAAUGCAUCAAUUCCUAAAUGGGCACCAGUAUACUACUGUAUCCGCUCCAUUAGAUCACCAAGAGAGAGACUGGUAACUAAAGUGGGAUGUGCUGGUAUAAUUAGCAAAAGGAAAUGGUGACAUCUAAACACCUACGCAUCUUACAUCUUUCCGUUUUAUGAAUUCAAUCUUAACAAAUUGUUCAUUACAUCAGCUUAGGAAAGGAAAUCGUUACUGACGGGGGAGGAGUGCGUAGGGGUGUUGAUCACGCACGUACUCGUCAUUACUUCUGUUCCUUCAGUACUGUCGUCUUUUUGCACCCAUUACAUCAACUACUACUACUAACAGGUGCAUUGUUAAUAUAUCAAGGGUUUAAUAGAAACCACUAUGUUCUUCAAUCAACUGAUGAGCUUUUUUGUUAAUUCAACGAUUUAAMUAAAUAUUGACAUUAUUAAAUAGAUCACAAGCCAUCUCUCCGUCGAUGACAAGCUUUGUACAUAAUAGAGCUGAGUGAAAUAUCAAUUCCAGUUCAAGCUGGUCAGCCUUACCAAUACAAAGUCAUGCAUCUAUUGGAUAUGAUACUCUGUGAACCAUUGAGCUGCUUACAACGCAACGAGUCAACCCUCUAUCGUGUUUAGUUCCGGAAGUGUAUUACCAUACUUGAAAAAACAAAGACCCCUUCUUUGCCAGUAUACAACCGGUUAUUGAAUCACCGUCAGUUAWCUAAGCACAACGCAAAGAAAUUUGACAAUAACUGGAACUCAAAUUAGCAACAAAGCUAACAACAAGCUGUCUCUGUCUYAGCCUAAACACAAGGAUUUCCAAGACUACAGGAAUACAUCGYGAAGACUCAGACUAUCGUGACAAGCACGAGACAUCUGCCUUUACCACACUCUAUACAAUGUGCUGACCAAAUUGCSUUGACAAGAAAAGAAGAUUAGGAAGGKUUUUUCUAAGUUAUAAMCUUGAACUAAACCUCAGAACAUUCAAGAAACCUUGAACUGACUUAAUCAAUUAACAAAGCUCUGCAGCGGCGCAAUCAACUCAAAACUGACCAAUUCAAACACACCGGCGAAAAUAUUGAUUAUCGAUAGUCUGGACAUAAUUUCAAAUACAUGCGAUAGCACAAUGAAUAUAAGUCAAGGAAAAACGCCUCGAUCCUCGAAUAUAACACAGUCACUAUGUCGAGACGCAACAGAAGUCAACGCUCUCAUCGCCGUCUAUAGUACCCUUGUUUGUAUCAUUGUUGCCAGCAACACUGUCAUAGUCAUUACCUUCGUAARRAACAGAAAACUUAGAAAUGCUACCAACAUGUUUUUUGUGAGUUUAGCAGUGUCAGAUAUUCUAGUAGGGGCGGUGUCCAUACCAAUGUGGAUUGUAAACCUGGCCUACCCUCUUCAUAACAAUUGUACUUUUACUGGACCAGUCUUUUAUCAUAUCUAUAAGUUCCUGGACAUAUUCAGUGCUUUGGCAUCAACAGCACAUUUAAUGGCUAUCAGUCUAGAGAGAAGUCUUGCUAUAUCCUAUCCGCUUUGGCACAGAUCGUGUCCGAGGUACAUUUUUCGUAUCAUGCUUGCUGUUGCUUGGUUAUAUGGUCUGGUAGCUAGUGUCGUYAUCAUCGUUGAUUUCACUCCUAUCUGGACCAAUUAUCGUGCAAUUGGAGUGUUUAUCAUAGGUUUCAUCCUACCAUUACUCGUUAUAAUGAUAUUAUACGCAAUAACAUACCGUAGCGUAAGACAGUACGUAAAACGACGACGUACAAACUCUAUGGGUAAUUUCCGCAAGUAUAUUAACAAAGAGAAACGUACAGCAAAAACAGUAGGGAUUGUCCUUUUCGCGUUCAUCGUCGCGUGGCUGCCRUUCUUCAUAGUUUCUCUUGUCACUCAGUUUUGUGGACCACCAUGUUACCAUSCGCUUCUCAUAGAUUUUGUCAAGAUUCUGUACUAUACAAACAGUGCAGUCAAUCCGUACAUCUAUACUUUCAGGAACGCAACAUGGAAGCGAAUAUUCCUUGAUGCUACGCUGCCUUGUAAAAUAUUCAAACAGAAACGAAAUCAAUGGAGUUCAUUAAGUCGUGUCUCGAGGGAAAGAAAUCAUACAAAUAGAAGACUUACGCCUACGGAUGACAUGCAACCAAACACGUUYAGACUUGCUCUACGUGAAAUACAAAAAUAACGUUUCUUCCACACUGGGUUCUAGGUCUUCUAGUAGUGGAGAUUGCCCUCGCUUCAUGUGCCUUGGGUCUGGUUAAUCAGUUAAUUCUCACUGAGAGACAUAAAUGCUCAAUUACCCGAAACACAGGCCCACAUAUCAUUCGCAAGACUUUCUGCCAGACAAUACUUUCGCUAGUAGUGAGUUCAAUGAGAUACCACGCUCAAAUGACACUACUUGGAAAGUAAAAGAACGGUUAAAAAGUAUAAAAUAACGGUUAAAACAARUAUCACAUGUAUUACAUUGAUGGUACAGAAUCCAAGCAUCAUUUGUAUGUAAAAAAAAGAUACAACCGUCGUAAUAUAAAAUCUGUCAGUAUUAUAAAGCCCUAGAGCAGAUAACCUUUAGAKUUUUUGUAAAAAGGGUUGAUAAUAUGAAAAGUA